AUGGAAUGGCCGGCCGGGCGCGGCGACGACGCAGGGAAAAAGCAGCUCGUGGAAAGAGGGGACGUGCGGCGGGCCGGCCUUUGCGCCGGGGACCAGUCGGCCUCUGAUGCGCAUCAUGGUGCACGUCAGGUAAACAGUGCUAAGAGUGCAACGUCAACCUCAGAUUUUCAAAUGUAUUUCUGGUUAGUUCUCGUGCUAUGCAAUUUCGGAAUAUCAAAAUCCCUACCUCUGGAUAGAGACACACUUUUGGACAUAAAAGGCUAUCUGAAAGAUCCACAGAAUUACCUACACAACUGGGAUAAAUUUCAUUCACCGUGCCAAUUUUACGGUGUUACAUGUGACCACAAUUCUGGUGAUGUCAUUGGAAUAUCACUCUCAAACAUCUCACUAUCAGGCACUAUAUCAUCUUCAUUUUCUCUUCUUCAACAAUUACGCACUCUGGAGGUUGGGGCAAAUUCCAUCUCAGGAAUUGUUCCAGCUGCACUGGCCAACUGCACAAAUCUUCAGGUUCUAAAUCUGUCAAUGAACAGUUUAACAGGCCAAUUACCUGAUCUUUCAGCAUUGCUCAACCUACAAGUUCUUGACGUGUCCACAAAUAGUUUUAAUGGGGCAUUCCCAGUAUGGGUCAGCAAAUUAUCAGGCCUAACUGAAUUAGGCCUAGGAGAGAACAGCUUCGAUGAAGGUAAUGUUCCAGAAAGCAUUGGAGACCUGAAGAAUUUAACAUGGCUAUUCCUGGGACAAUGCAAUCUUAGGGGAGAGAUACCAGCUUCAGUCUUUGAUUUGGCAUCACUUGGGACACUGGACUUCUCACGCAAUCAGAUUACCGGUGUAUUUCCAAAGGCAAUAUCCAAAAUGAGGAACCUAUGGAAGAUUGAGCUCUACCAAAACAACUUGACUGGUGAAAUUCCUCAAGAGCUUGCAACUCUAACCUUGUUAUCUGAAUUUGAUGUGUCUCGCAAUCAGCUGACUGGCAUGCUGCCUAAGGAGAUUGGUGGCCUGAAGAAGCUGAGGAUAUUUCAUAUAUACCACAAUAACUUCUUUGGUGAACUUCCUGAAGGGCUGGGGAACCUGCAAUUUCUUGAGUCAUUCUCAACCUAUGAAAAUCAGUUCUCAGGAAAGUUCCCUGCCAACCUUGGCCGGUUCUCACCACUCAACACAAUAGACAUAUCAGAGAAUUAUUUUUCUGGCGAAUUUCCAAGAUUCUUGUGCCAAAACAACAAGCUUCAGUUCUUACUGGCUUUGACAAACAACUUUUCAGGUGAAUUUCCUGGCUCUUAUUCUUCCUGCAAGACACUUCAGAGGUUCAGAAUAAGUCAAAAUCAAUUCAGUGGGAGUAUUCCUCCUGGCUUAUGGGGAUUGCCUAAUGCUGUGAUAAUUGAUGUUGCUGAUAAUGGAUUUAUUGGGGACAUAUCUUCUGAUAUAGGCCUUUCAGUUACUCUGAACCAGCUGUAUGUUCAAAACAACAACUUCAUUGGGGAGCUUCCAGUAGAGCUGGGAAGGCUCUCCCAGCUGCAGAAGUUGGUUGCUUCAAACAACAGAUUCUCUGGCCAAAUUCCUAAACAGAUUGGAAAUCUCAAGCAGCUGACUUACCUGCAUUUGGAACAUAAUGUACUGGAAGGGCCAAUACCACCAGAUAUUGGUAUGUGCAGUAGCAUGGUUGACCUGAAUCUUGCAGAGAAUUCUUUGACUGGAGGCAUUCCAAACACACUGGUCUCCCUCGUCACUCUGAAUUCACUCAAUAUAUCCCAUAACAUGAUCUCUGGUAACAUUCCUGAAGGUCUGCAGUCACUGAAGCUGAGUGAUAUUGAUUUCUCUCAUAAUGAAUUAUCCGGCCCAGUCCCUCCGCAGUUCUUAAUGAUAGCUGGAGAUGAUGCAUUCUCUGAAAAUGUUGGCCUUUGUGUUGCAGACACUUCAGAAGAGUGGAGGCAAAGCGUCACCAAUUUAAGACCUUGUCAAUGGUCUGACAACCGUCACAACUUCUUAACAAGACGUCUUUUUCUUGUGCUGGUCACAGUGACAUCUUUGGUUGUUCUCCUGUCUGGGUUGGCAUGUCUGAGCUAUGAAAACUACAAGCUUGAAGAGUUCAAUAGAAAAGGGGACAUUGAGAGUGGCGGCAGCACUGACUUGAAGUGGGUUCUUGAGACCUUCCAUCCUCCAGAGCUUAACCCUGAGGAAAUAUGCAGCUUGGAUGGAGAGAAUUUGAUUGGCUGUGGAGGCACCGGCAAAGUUUACAGGCUAGAAUUGAACAAGGGAAGGGGAACUGUUGCUGUGAAGGAGUUGUGGAAGGGUGAUGAUGCCAAGGUCUUGAAGAGUGAGAUAAAUACCCUUGGGAAGAUACGCCAUCGGAACAUUCUGAAACUCAAUGCAUUUUUGACUGGUGGAGCAUCAAGUUUUCUGGUCUAUGAGUAUGUGGUGAAUGGUAACCUGUAUGAUGCUAUUCGCCGUGAGUUCAAAGCUGGACAACCUGAGCUUGAUUGGGACAAGCGGUGCCGGAUUGCUGUAGGGGUUGCGAAGGGCAUCAUGUACCUUCACCAUGAUUGCUCCCCGGCCAUAAUUCAUCGGGACAUAAAGUCGACCAACAUACUUCUGGAUGAGGAGUAUGAAGCUAAGCUUGCAGAUUUCGGUAUUGCUAAAUUGGUGGAAGGUUCACCACUUAGCUGCUUUGCUGGUACCCAUGGCUAUAUGGCUCCUGAACUUGCGUAUUCUCUAAAGGCGACAGAGAAGAGUGAUGUCUACAGCUUUGGCAUCGUACUGCUAGAGUUGCUUACUGGGCGUAGCCCAACUGAUCAACAGUUUGACGGUGAAAUGGACAUUGUCUCCUGGGUUUCGUCUCAUUUGACUGAGCAAAACCCAGCAGCUGUUGUUGAUCCAAAAGUAAGCAACGGCGCAUCAGAUUACAUGAUAAAGGCCUUGAAUAUUGCUAUUCUUUGUACUGCUCAGCUUCCAUCUGAACGGCCGACAAUGAGAGAAGUCGUGAACAUGCUCAUCGACAAUGAUCCUAGCUGCACGACUGGGAGGGCAAAGAACAAGAAUGAUAAGUAAAUACAACCGGCUUUUUCUUAGUAAGAUAUACUAGUAAUAAUCAGAACAUCAGGGCCUCUAAGCACCCUGUAGCAGCUCAUGGGGGAAGCUUAUUAGGUCCUCAGACUGCCUGGCUAGUGAAUACUAGGCAACUAGCAGGCUUAUAAAAUAAUUUGGAGGUAUAGCCUCUGCAAAGCUUGUCCAUAUGCAGAAGUUUAGAUAAUGUUUUGUACAAACUAGUACUGUAAUCUGAAAGUUUCUGUAAAUAUGUCAUGUGUGUCAGUAUGAUUAGUGCAUUACUUGCAAAAGUUUGUGAAUGAGGACAAGGUAUCCAUACGCUCAAUUUUAUCAGAAAGGAACAGGCAAACGACGUUUACUGAUUA